AUGGACCCAGCCAAGAACUAUGAUCUGCCCGACAUAGAUCUGCUGUCUUUAAACUUUGAUAGCUUUCUUUAUUUAAUCAUCCGGAGUGGCACCACACUGAUAGGGAAUAGUUUUCCUCUGGUGCUAGCUACAGACGAUACCGUUCUGCACACUGAAGUCGCGGACCAGAGUAACCGAGUGACCAAGGCUCAAUGUCGCACUUUCACCGAGGAGAUAGCCCAUGUUUUCUGUGUAAAAUACGCAAUUGGUACCAACGGUCCUAGUAUUGAUGUGGUGGCCUGCAUCUCAAGCGGCCGAGUUCUUCUGUCCUCGCUGUUCUACGGAGGCAUAGCUGCUGGAGGGUUUAUAGUGCUUCUAGCUCCAGCUUCACCACCUCCGAGGUCGCGCGACAGUGUGAAACACGAUGAAUGUUCCCUAGAAGCAGCUCGUCUGCGCGGCGUCCCAUUGGAGCGGGUAUUGAUUCUAGAAAGCCGUGGCGGACAACGAAGUCUCCGAGACUGUUGGGCCCUAGCCAAUAUAUCAAAAAAGCACCGCGGGACACUAUCCCGGGAAGUGAUCCCCGACCCAGUUAUACUACGGGACCGCACAGCAUGUUUGAUAUACAGCAGCGGAACGACCGGGAAGCCCGAAGGCGUGCGAAUCUCACACCGGAAUCUGUUUUCUUCCGCAAGGGUAUUUAUAUUUGCGUAUCGGGACUACAUCGCCCGGCAGAGACUUAAAGAUCCGAAUUUCAAGUCUGAAUACCGAACAGCCUACCUCCUUCAACCGGCAUUAUGUGGUGGAACGAUCUGCUGGACAGCCAAAUUUGACCCCCGUAGUUCCUCCAGUACUGCAAAAUGUACCGCGCAACUAUUUAUCACUGUUCCCCCGAUAUACCAGCUUAUGGUGCAGAGCCCGUUGGAUGAAAGUUGGAACGAUGGUAGUAUUUCGCCUCUUGUUCCGAAUAUCCGACUGCGAAUCGUUGACGAGGAGGAAAAUGAUGUAGAGGAAGGUCAAGGAGGAGUGUUCAUCGUCCAAGGGCCCAUGGCUUCCAAACAGAGCUUCACAGUCGACGGAUCUGGGUUUAAGACAGGGGUUUUGGGACUUCACCGAAACGGGGUGCUCUUUAUUAUAGACUGGAAGAUGAUAAAUACUAAUUGUAUCAUUCUUAGGGAAACGAUCAAGCAUAGAGGACUCCAAGUCGCCCCUGCAGAGUUGGGAGCGCUUCUACUCUCCAACCCACUAGUCCAGGAUGCCGCUGUGAUUGGGAUCCCAGAUCCAAAGAUGGAAGGGAAUGAGUUGCCUUGUGCCUAUGUAGUAGCAGACCAGAAUCAAGUCCCCGAGCGCAAGAUACACGAUUUUGUUAAACGGAACCUGGCAUCCGGGGCGGCGUUGUCUUUGUCGAUUGCGUCCCAAAAGGCCCCACCGGAAAGAUCUUGA